AUGAAGGCGGCUCUGUGCCUGCUGGUGCUGGGCUGGGUAUCCGGACUGUGCGGGGCGGAGGAGAAGGAGAGCUCCGUCCUGACUGUCACCUCCGGGAACUGGACGCUGAUACUGGAGGGACACUGGAUGGUGGAAUUUUACGCUCCUUGGUGUCCAGCAUGCCAGCAGAUCGAAGGAGAUUGGGAGGAUUUUUCAAAACGAAGUUCCGGCCUUAACGUUAAAGUUGCCAAAGUGGAUGUCACUGAACAACCAGGAGUGAGCGGCCGGUUCUUCGUAACAAAACUGCCAACAAUUUUCCAUGUCAAAGAUGGAGUGUUCCGAUGUUAUCAUGGCUCCCGAAUGGUUGAAGAUCUCCACUCCUUCAUUGCAGACAACAAAUGGAAUGUGAUAGAGCCAGUUGCGGGAUGGAAGUCUCCUUCCUCUGUCUUGAUGACUGGAAUGGCGGGACUGUUUCAUCUCUCUGGAUGGAUCCGGCAAACACACAUCUACUUGACGGCACUUUGGGAAUGUCUGCUUGGGGCUCUUACAUCGUUUUCAUCAUGGCCACCUUGAUGAUUGGACUGUUUCUUGGUUUGAUACUGAUACUGCUGAUAGAUUGUUUCUGCCCAGCUAAACCCAAGUAUGAAGCGCUGAGAUCAGAUAUUUCUAUGGAAGACGUCGAAGGGGUAGACAAGGACCCUAUUGAUGAAAAGAAAAUGUCUGACAGCGAGGAUGCCAGUGAAGAAGACGAUGAAGAAGAGGAGGAACAAGCAGAGGGCAAUGAAGAAGCUGAAAAUUCCAAUGCUGAAAAGGAUUCUGGGGAGAAUUCUGCAGCAGAGGGUUCUGGGACAGAAGAGGAAGAAGACACCGGCACGCAUAUACCACCUCCAAACACA